UUGUAAACUAUUGGAUAUAUUGGCUAUACAAAUUUUUAUUUUUAUUUUAUAAUAGUUUGUCAGUUUUUAAUUAAAUACAAAAUGGCUUUGCUAUGCAACACGUGUUUAGCCAUUGCGGUUAUUUCAUAUCACCAAACUAAUUUUAUUUUAUGUCUACCCUUAGCUGACAAACCAAAACCAGCAUUUGGGACAAUACAAGACCCGUUUGCGGGCGUUGCCGACAAAGAGGGCGAUAACAUGAUACUGGCGGCACCGGUCGCACGCAAACAGCGCAAAACAUCCCAGCUAAUUAAUGAUCAAAGCAAAAAACUAACAGUUCAACCUGUUAUAAUACAGCCUGCUCAACUACUACCGUCAAAUAACCAAUACCCAGCCACAUAUCAAACAAACCAGCCUGGCCAAACCCAACAACAACAACAACAACCACCGCCACAAUACAUAACGCAAACUACCGCUGGUCAGCCUACUGGGGCGGUGGCAAGUGGAGCCGGCUCGUGGACCGGCAUAAACCUAAACACCAUACCCAGUAUGUUGCGAAAAUUGACCAACUCCCGGUGGGGGCCAUUCGCUCUAUCGCUGGGCCCGGUGUCGCCCUACACCCUGAUGGCCAGUUUGAUGAAGCUCCUGUACCAGAUGUACCAGGGCCUGCCGCCGCUGUCGCGCGUGGUCGACGACAUCGCCCAAACGAUAGCCGUGUUUCAGCCCCUGUACGCCAAACUGCCACCGCUGUCUAAAGUGAUCUGGGACGGUUGGCAGUUGGCCCACAUGAUUAAGUCAUACAUCCCGGACCCGCCCCCGAUUACCACACAUACCACCUCGUUCAUAUAUCAAAUACCAGAUCAGGUGAACGGGCAAACACAACAGCAAGCGCAACAAAAUGACCAGGGUGACAAGGCACCCGCCAUCCGGGAAGUUGCUGAUAAACAACCAGAUAGUAUAUUAAUGCCAUCAGAAGUAGCUAGUACCGCUGAUUCAUCUGAUCAGCAACAGUUACCUGCCCAGGUCAUUAAGGUACUGCGCCCUAAUCAGCGACAAAUAAUCAAGGUUUUGCAACCUGGUCAGCAACAAAUGAUUAAAACCAUACAACCUGGUCAGACUAUAAUGAUGGUUCAACCAAUGGCCGCUGGAUCAAAGACACCUGUGCCACUUGACAUAGAUCACGUAAACGGCUACAUCGGCCAGUUGGCUAAUAAACAGUGGGGGCCCUAUCAAGUAACCAUAGGGCCAUUCACACUGUACCCGCUAUACGAAAAAGCUCUAGGUGCCAUGAAAUACGUAUUCGCCCAUAUGCCGCCGAUGAGCAAGGUGAUUCGCGACACGCUUAGCAUGGCAGAAACACUCAAGUCUUAUGUACCACUUGGCAAUUACCUGGCCAAUACUGCACAACAAGUCAUGCCCGUUCAGGUGCAACAACAACAGCAAGGUGGUUAUCAGCGAAUGUACCAGGUACAGGCGCCCCAUUAUCAGCAGGUAUCACUACAACCAAUGCCAUUGCAACAGCCACAGGUGCCCCAAGACCAGCUCGGUUAA